GGGCAGAGCCCCCAGCCCGGCCAGGGCCCCUUCCCGGCCCGGCCCCUGCCCCGGGGGGCCCCGCUCGGAGGGAAGGCUGAGGAAUCACGUCCACGUUUUGCUCCAGAUCGUCCCGUCUUCCAGGGGACAGGGAAGGGAAAUGGCUGUGAUGGAGCCAGCUCAGAUGCCGGUGACCUUCGAGGAGGUGGCUGUGUAUUUCACCGAGGGGCAGGGGGCUCUGCUGGACCCCGCUCAGAGAGCCCUCUACAGGGACGUCAUGCAGGAGAACCAUGAGACGGUGACCUCGCUGGGAUUUCCCAUUCCCAAACCUGACCUGAUCACCCGGCUGGAACGAGGGGAAGAGCCGUGGGUCCCGGAUCUCCAGGUCUCUGAGGAAAGUGGGAGCCCGAGAGACACCCACACAGCAGGUGAUAGGACAGUGAGUGAGAACAAGGAGGAGACUCAGCAGCAGGAAGGUCCUGAGCAAGUGGAACCCCAGGAGAGGUUUUUGAGAAAAGCUGAAGAGAAUUUUUCCCAGGGCUUGGAACAGGGAAAUACCUGGGGAGAUCGACACAGCUCAGAGAUGCAGCUGGGAAACCAUCCCAGGAAGAAACUGGAUAAAUCCACUGAAUGUGGCAGAGGAUGCAAGGAUCCCAAGGAAACCACAGUCCAGCAGACAAGUCACAAUGAAGAGAAACCCUACAACUGCGUUGACUGUGGGAAAAGAUUCCGUUUCAGUGCAAACCUUCUUAGACAUUGGAGAACCCACACAGGAGAGAAGUCCUAUGAAUGCUUGGACUGUGGGAAAAGCUUCCGUGAGAAGUCAAACUUUAUUACACACCAGAGUCUGCACACAGGAGAGAAACCCUAUAAAUGCCUUGAGUGUGGGAAAAGUUUUAGUCAGAGGUCAUAUCUUAUGUCACAUCACAGAACCCACACAGGAGAGAAGCCCUAUAAAUGCUUGGACUGCGGGAAAAGCUUCAGUAGGAAGCUAUGUCUUAUUGUACACCAGAGACUGCACACAGGAGAGAAACCCUAUAAAUGCUUUGAGUGUGGGAAAAGUUUUAGGCAGUGGUCACAGCUUAUGUCACAUCACAGAACCCACACAGGAGAGAAGUCCUAUAAAUGCUUGGACUGUGGGAAAAGCUUCAGUAGGAAGCUAUGUCUUAUUGUACACCAGAGAGUACACACAGGAGAGAAACCCUUUAAAUGCCUUGAGUGUGGGAAAACUUUCCGUCACCGCUCAAACCUUAUUAAGCAUCAGAGAAUCCACACAAGUGACAAACCCUAUAAAUGCCUCGACUGUGGGAAAAGUUUCAUUAACAGAAUAAAACUUACUAGUCAUCACAGAAUCCACACAGGAGAGAGACCCCAUAAAUGCUUUGACUGCGGGAAAAGCUUCAUACACAAGUCAAGACUUAUUGUACAUCAGAGAGUCCACACAGGAGAGAGACCCUUUAUAUGCUGUGAGUGUGGGAAAAGUUUUAUUCGGAGUGCAGAGCUUAUUAGACAUCAGAUCACCCACACAGGAGAGAGACCCUUUAAAUGCCGUGAGUGUGGGAAAAGUUUUAAUCAUAACUCAGCGCUUAUUACACAUCAGCGAACCCACUCAGGAGAGAGACCCUAUGGAUGCCUUGAGUGUGGGAAAGGUUUUAUUGAGAACUCAGCGCUUACUAGACAUAGGAGAAUCCACACGGGAGAAAGACCCUAUAAAUGCCAGGAGUGUGGGAAAAGUUUCAGUGUGAAAUCAACCCUUAAUACACAUCAGAAAACCCACACAGGAGAGAAACCCCAUAAAUGCUUGGACUGUGGGAAAAGCUUCAUUCAGAAGUCAAAACUUAGUGUACACCAGAGAGAACAUACAGGAGAGAGACCAUAUAAGUGCCUUGACUGUGGGAAAACUUUCAUUAAGUGCUCAGACCUUAUUAAGCAUCAGAGUAUCCACACAAGCGACAAAUCCUAUAAAUGCCUCGACUGUGGGAAAAGUUUCACUGACAGAAUAAAACUUAGUAGUCAUCAGAGACUCCAUACAGGAGAGAACCCCCAUAAAUGCUUUGACUGUGGGAAAAGAUUCAUACACAAGUCCAGGCUUAUUGUACACCAGCGAGUGCACACAGGAGAGAGACCCUUUAAAUGCCGUGAGUGUGGGAAAAGUUUUAGUCAGAGUGCAACGCUUAUUACGCAUCAGCGAACCCACACAGGAGAGAAGCCCUAUGGAUGCCUUGAGUGUGGGAAAAGUUUUAUCGCAAAUUCAGCCCUUACUAACCAUAGGAGAAUCCACACGGGAGAAAGACCCUAUAAAUGCCACGAGUGUGGGAAAACUUUCCGAUACCGCUCAAACCUUACUAAACAUGGGAGAAUCCACAUCGGAGAGACACAUUGUAAAUGCCUUGAGUGUGGGAAACGUUUUGCUGACAGAACAAAACUUACUGUUCAUCAGAGAAUCCACACAGGAGAGAGACCCCAUAAAUGCUUAGACUGUGGGAAAAGCUUCAUUCAGAAGUCAAAACUUAUUCUACACCAGAGAGUGCACACAGGAGAGAGACCCUUUAAAUGCUUGGAGUGUGGGAAAAGCUUCAUUGAGCAGUCACAACUUAUUCUACACCAGAGAGUGCACACAGGAGAGAGACCCUUUAUAUGCUGUAAAUGUGGGAAAAGUUUUAUUCGGAGCACAGCGCUUAUUACACACCAGAGAACCCACUCAGGAGAGAGACCCUAUAAAUGCCUUGAAUGUGGCAAAAGUUUUAGUCAGAGCUCAAAUCUUAUUGCACAUAAGAGAACCCACACAGGAGAAAGACCGUAUAAAUGCUUGGACUGUGGGAAAACUUUCAGUCAGCGCCCACACCUUACUAAACAUGGGAGAGUCCACACAGGAGAGAGACCUUCUAAAUGCCUUGACUGUGGGAAAAGCUUCAGUAAGACCUCAGAGCUAACCAAACAUCAGAGAAUGCACAAGGGUGAGAGACCCUCAUGUGCCCGCAACGCUAUGCAACAGCUGGAGAAGUGUAUCGGCUGCCACUGGACGAGGUGCGAGGAACGCCAGGAGCUGGGAGUCCUCGUGCCACAGGUGAGGAACACGGAGCACACCAUCAUCACUCCGAGAGCCAGAACCACGCUGGAGAACACCCUCAAGGAUGCCAUCCACUGCCAGUAUGUGGAAAACCUGAAACGGAAGCCGGGCCAGGGCAAGGCGUUCGAGGCAGGACACCUGCAUAGGGCUGGGAGAAGCUGCCCGUGCCCAGCGGAGGUGGGGUCCCCAGGGGGCAGGGUCUGGGGCAGGCGGCUGCAGAUCGGUGGGUUGAUCGCUAGGACCCAGGAGCAGCUGGGUGGGAACAAUGAGCGGGCUCCCUGUGUCCCGGCCGCAGGAAGUGACUCGCAGCCGCUGCGGGGACUCCGGCUCCCGGCGAGAUCCCCGCGCCCCGGCGGCUGGUGCUGGGAGCCCGGAGCCCGGGCUGCAGCCGGGAGAGGGGAACCUCCAGCCGGGCCCUGCCCGCUGCUCCCCGGGAGCCUCUCCCAGGGCAGAGCCCCCAGCCCGGCCAGGGCCCCUUCCCGGCCCGGCCCCUGCCCCUGCCCCGGGGGGCCCCGCUCGGAGGGAAGGCUGAGGAAUCACGUCCACGUUUCGCUCCAGAUCCUCCCGUCUUCCAGGGGACAGGGAAGGGAAAUGGCUGUGAUGGAGCCAGCUCAGAUGCCGGUGACCUUCGAGGAGGUGGCUGUGUAUUUCACCGAGGGGCAGGGGGCUCUGCUGGACCCCGCUCAGAGAGCCCUCUACAGGGACGUCAUGCAGGAGAACUACGAGACGGUGACCUCGCUGGGAUUUCCCGUUCCCAAACCUGACCUGAUCACCCAGCUGGAACGAGGGGAAGAGCCGUGGGUCCCAGAUCUCCAGGCCGACGAGGAAAGGGAGAGCCCGAGAGGCACCCACACAGCAGGUGAUAGGACAGUGAGUGAGAACAAGGAGGAGAUUCAGCAGCAGGAAGGUCCUGGGAAAGUGGAACCGCAGGAGACAUUUUUGAGAAAAGCUGAAGGGAAUUUCUCCAAGUGCUUGGAACAGGGAGAAGCCUGGGGAGAUCGACAUAGAUCAGAGAUGCAGCUAGGAAACAAACUGGAUGAAUCCAUUCAACAUGGUGGAGGAUGCAAAGAUCCCAAGGAAACCACAGUCCAGCAGACAAGUCACAAUGAAGAGAGACCCUACAAAUGCCUUGACUGUGGGAAAAGAUUCCAUUUCAGUGGAAACCUUCUUACACAUUGGAGAACCCUCACAGGAGAGAAGUCCUAUGAAUGCUUGGACUGUGGGAAAAGCUUCAGUGAGAAGUCAUUUCUCAUUAUACAGCAGAGACUGCACACGGGAGAGAAACCCUAUAAAUGCCUUGAGUGUGCAAAAGUUUUCAGUGUGUUAUCGGCCCUUAUUAGACAUGAGAGGACCCACACGGGGGAGAAACCCUAUAAAUGCAUGGACUGUGGGAAAACUUUCAGUCAGAGCUCAGACCUUAUUAAACAUAGGAGAAUCCACACCGGAGAGAGACCUUAUAAAUGCCUUGAGUGUGGGAAAAAUUUCAUUUGCCGUUCACACCUUAUUAAGCAUCAGAGAGUCCACACAGGCGACAAACCAUAUAAAUGCCUCAACUGUGGGAAAAAUUUUGUUGACAGAACAAAACUUACUCGACAUCAGGCAAUUCACACAGGAGAGAGACCCCAUAAAUGCUUGGACUGUGGGAAAAGCUUCAUUCAGAAGUCACAAUUUAUUAUACACCAGAGAGUGCACACAGGAGAGAGACCCUUUAUAUGCCUUGAAUGUGGGAAAAGUUUUAUUCAGAAAUCACAGCUUAUUACACAUCAACGAACCCACACAGGAGAGAGACCUUAUAAAUGCCUUGAGUGUGGGAAAAGUUUUAUUCAAAGUUCAUCUCUUAUUCAACACAGGAGAAUCCACAAAGGAGAGAGACCUUAUAAAUGCCUUGAGUGUGGGAAAAGAUUCAUGGAACGUUCAUCCCUUAUUAAACAUAGGAGAAUCCACACAGGAGAAAGACCCUAUAAAUGCCUUGAGUGUGGGAAAAGUUUUAUGGAAAGUUCAUCCCUUAAUAAACAUAAGAGAAUCCACACAGGAGAAAGACCAUGUAAAUGCCUUGAGUGUGGGAAAGAUUUCAUUCGUCGCUCACACCUUAUUAAGCAUCAGAGAACACACAGAGGUGACAAACCUUAUAAAUGCCUCGACUGUGGGAAAAGUUUAGUUGACAAAACAAACCUUACUAGACAUCAGGCAAUCCACACAGGAGAGAGACCCCAUAAAUGCUUGGACUGUGGGAAAAGCUUCAUUCAGAAGUCACAACUUAUUCUACACCAGAGAGUGCACACAGGAGAGAGACCCUUUCAAUGCCUUGAAUGUGGGAAAAGUUUUAGUGAGAGCUCAAAGCUUACUAGACAUCAGAGAACCCACACAAGAGAGAGAACCUAUGGAUGCCUUGAGUGUGGGAAAAGAUUUAUGCAAAGUUCAUCACUUAUUAAACAUGGACGAAUCCACACGGGAGAAAGACCCUAUAAAUGCCUCGACUGUGGGAAAGGUUUUAUCGCAAGUUCAGCCCUUACUAAACAUAGGAGAAUCCACACGGGAGAAAAACCCUAUAAAUGCCUUGAGUGUGGGAAAACUUUCAGUCAGCGCUCACAUCUUACUCAACACGGGAGAACGCACACAGGAGAGAGACCCUACAAAUGCCCUGAGUGUGGGAAAAGUUUUAGUUUCAAAUCAGGCCUUAAUAUGCAUCAGAAAACCCACACAGGAGAGAAAUCCCAUAAAUGCUUGGACUGUGGGAAAACUUUCAGUCAGCGCUCAUACCUUACUAAACACAGGAGAAUCCACACAGGAGAGACACCUUCUAAAUGCCUUGACUGUGGAAAAAGCUUCAGUAAGAGUGCAAACCUUGUUAAACAUUGGAGAACCCACACAGGAGAGAAGUCCUAUGAAUGCUUGGACUGUGGGAAAAGCUUCCGUGAGAAGUCAAACUUUAUUACACACCAGAGACUGCACACAAGAGAGAAACCCUAUGAAUGCCUUGAGUGUGAGAAAAGCUUUAGUCAGAGGUCACAGCUUAUGGCACAUCACAUAACCCACACAGGAGAGAGGCCCUAUAAAUGCUUCGACUGUGGGAAAAGAUUCAGUAGGAAGCAAUCUCUUAUUGUACACCAGAGACUGCACACAGGAGAGAAACCCCAUAAAUGCCUUGAGUGUGAGAAAAGUUUUAGUCAGAGCUCACAUCUUAUUUCACAUCACAGAACCCACACAGGAGAGAAGUCCUAUAAAUGCAUAGACUGUGGGAAAAGCUUCAGUUGGAAGUCACUCCUUAUUAUACACCAGAGAGUACACACAGGAGAGAGACCCUUUAAAUGUCUUGAGUGUGGGAAAAGUUUCAGCAAAAGUUCAUCCCUUACUAAACAUGGAAGAAUUCACACAGGAGAAAGACCCUAUAAAUGCCUUGAGUGUGGGAAAAGUUUCAGUGUGAAAUCAACCCUUAAUACACAUCAGAAAACCCACACAGGAGAGAAACCACAUAAAUGCUUGGAGUGUGGGAAAAGCUUCAUUCAGAAAUCAAAACUUAGUAUACACCAGAGAGUGCACACAGGAGAGAGACCGUAUUAAUGCCUUGACUGUGGGAAAACUUUCAUAAAGUGCUCACACCUUAUUAAGCGUCAGAGAAUUCACACAAGCAACAAACCCUAUAAAUGCCUCAACUGCAGGAAAAGUUUCAUUGACAGAAUAAAACUUACUAAUCAUCAGGCAAUCCACACAGGAGAGAAACCCUACAAAUGCCUUGACUGUGGGAAAAGAUUCCGUUUUAGUGCAUUCCUUAUUAGACAUCGGAGAACCCACACAGGAGAGAAGCCCCAUAAAUGCCUGGACUGUGGGAAAAGUUUUGGUGAGAAGUCAAACUUUAUUACGCACCAGAGACUACACACAGGAGAGAGACCCUAUAAAUGCCUUGAGUGUGGAAAAAGAUUUAGUCAGAGAUCACAGCUUAUGGCACAUCACAGAAUCCACACAGGAGAGAAGCCCUAUAAAUGCUUAGACUGUGGGAAAAGCUUUAGUAGGAAACCAUAUUUAAUUAUACACCAGAGACUGCACACAGGAGAGAGACCCUAUAAAUGCCUCAAGUGUGGGAAAGGUUUUAUCGAAAGUUCAUCCCUUACUAAACAUGGAAGAAUCCACACAGGAGAGAGACUCUUUCAAUGCCAUGAGUGUGGGAAAGAUUUCAUUCGUUGCUCACACCUUAUUAAGCAUCAGAGAAUCCACACAGGUGACAAACCCUAUAGAUGCCUCGAUUGUGGGAAAAGUUUCACUGACAAAACAAAACUUACUAGUCAUGAGAGAAUCCACACAGAAGAGAGACCACAUAAAUGCUUGGACUGUGGUAAAAGCUUCAUUGAGAAUUCAUACCUUACUAAACAUGGGAGAAUCCACACAGGAGAAAAACCCUAUAAAUGCUUUGAGUGUGGAAAAAGUUUUAGCCAAAGUUCAUACCUUACUAAACAUGGGAGAAUCCACACAGGAGAAAAACCCUAUAAAUGCCUUGAGUGUGGGAAAAGUUUCCGUUUGCAAUCAGGCCUUAGUACACAUCAGAAGACCCACACAGGAGAGAAACCCCAUAAAUGCCUGGACUGUGGGAAAACUUUCAGUCAGCGCUCACACCUUACUCAACAUGGGAGAAUCCACACGGGAGAGAAACCCCAUAAAUGCCUGGACUGUGGGAAAACUUUCGUUCAGCGCUCACACCUUAUUAAACAUGGGAGAAUCCACAUGGGAGAGAGACCUUUUAAAUGCCUUGAGUGUGGGAAAAGUUUCAGUAAGAGCUCAGCCCUUACCAAACAUCAGAGAAUCCACAAUGAUGUAAGAGACCCAAGAAAUAGCUUGACUGUAGGAAAAGAUUCAAGUUGACUUCCCGCAUCAGUGAUCCACACAACAGAGAGACCUUGAAUGUCAGAGAAGGUUCCUUUUGGUGCUCCCAGAGUAUCAGGCAUCCGCAAAUCCACACAGGGAAGAAACCUCUGAGAUGUUCUCAGUGUGGAAAAUGCUCCAAGUGGAGCUAACACCAUGUUGGACAUCAGAGACUCCUCCACACAGCAGGGAAAUUCUCUCAGGGCCCUGACAGGGGCUGGCCAUGGUGACAAACCCAUUUCCUCGUUCCCACACACUUCAGGGGCGUUUGGCUCCCAAGGACCCAGCUGCCCAUCACUGCGGUGCGGAUCCAGCAUCAGCCGAGCUUCAGCUGGUCAGUGACCCUCUGGUUCUGCCUGGUCGAAGCAAACCCCAAGCAGAGGAGGAGAAGCCCCCAUAGCUCCCCCUCCUGCUGCAGCCCUGGCUGCUGAGCUGAUGGGCCAGAGGUGGGGGAAGGGAGAGAGAAACUCCUCCAGUCGCUCCCUCUGCGUGGCUGAAGUUCCCCCCUCUCUCUUCCCUUCCCAGCCAGGAUCCCCCUGGCAUGGAGAUGAGGAGAAGGACACUUGGGCCAGGCCCCGUCUUCAGUCUAGACCCCUGUCCCCACCCCCCAUCUUCCACCAGGCCCUGGGCUGGGCUCCCCUACUGACCUGGGGCUGGUCCCUGCAGGGGGAGUGUCCCUGGGGGUUGGUAACUCCUCCCCUCCCCAAAUUCCCCAUAGUGCUGGGCUCUGGGGAAUCAAAUAUUGAGGGACCAGGCAGAUGGGUUCUGGGGACGACACUGGGGAUUGAAUGGUUGGGACUGGGGGAGCUGGGAAGCAGGGGGAGCUGGGUGCUGGGGCUAUUGAGUGUUUGGGGAUGAUGGGAUAAGAGGCGAGGGAGAGCACAGGGGUAGAGAGGUGCUGCCUCUCAUCACUCUCCCCCUCUGCCCCUUCUCCCUGCCCCCUCUGCAUUCAGACAGCACCAUUAGCAGAGACAGAUUCCUACUGGGCAUUUUCUUGGAAGCCUGGAUUUCCUACCUCUGCUACAGCAGCAUCAGCCGCUGAGAGGGAAGCAGCGUUGCCUAGUGGAAAGAGCACUGGCCUGGGACUCAGGAGACCUAAGCUCUAUUCCCCACUCUGCCAGCAGCUUGCGGGGUGACCUUAGAGCAGGGGUCCCCAACACAGUGCCUGUGGAUGCCAUUGCACCCGCCAGGGCAUUUUUGUGCUCCUGCAGGACACCCCGCCGCCGAAAUGCCACCGAGAAGCGUUGCCGUUUCUCGGCAGCAUUUCGGCAGCGACGCUUCUUAACCGGCGGUGGCAUUUUGGCGGAGGGGUGUCCGGCGCCCGCCACAGUCUUCUGUAAAAGGUUGGGGACCUGUGCCUUAUGGUGAGGGAAUCAAUUGGGAGUGAUAAUAUCAGCCUCCGAGUGUCUGUCUAGGGCAGGAAAAGUUGGGAUUAGCUAGUGCCGUCUCCUUUGUUCCUCCACCCUUUUUGCUAGUCUAGACUGACCCUGAGCAGUUUAUUCCAACCCCCAUUAGCAAAGUGAUGGUUAGAGUCACUAAGUGCCCUCUUUGCAGUGAGAUUGUCUCAUUCCCAGACAUCCUCACACUGCUCCAGGUUAUGCUGAAAAGCAUUUAAUUAUUUUGUUCUUAUACACCAGAAUUCAAUAGAUUCUAAAACAGCUGGAGCAGGGAUAGUAAAAUAAUGUGGUGUUUUAUCUUCUGUGUAGUUUGAGAGGGACUGGAUGAGUCUGGGGGAUUCCCUCCUGCCCCCAUCAACCUCACCCGUCUUCUCUCACAGAGCAGCCUCUGCCCAAGCUGUGGAGAGUUUAUCCUUUUCCCUUUCUACCCCUCCACCUUCAUCUGUGUCAUUUACCGCAGUGUCCUUUGCCCACCAUGCUUAGGAAUCACGCUUUGAUUUUUUGAUCCUCAAUCAGGCCCCUGGGUGCUGGCGAAGAAAAUGCCACAUUCCUGAAGGGGGAAUUCAAAUGAACCCCAAAGCACAGUUUCAAUCCGAGCCUCCAUCUAUUGGUAAAGUGGCAUCUGGAGUUUUUCCAGCCAAAUCCAGAUCAUCUGUAGACAGGACGUUUUUGGUUAGGUUUGUCUUUUUUUCCUUUUUCUUUUAUUAUGAUGAUGCUAAAACUUAUUUAAUAACACAGCCAAAUAAUGCGGCUGUGGUGAAUAAAGCAGGUUUAGCCUGUUCAGAAGAAAAUGGGUAAAUUUGUUCUCCAGAUUCUGAGUUUUAAGGUUCUCUGGGAUUUCACUUUAUGAAUGGGAAAAUGGUUUGUAGCCCACCCUGCAUUGUGGGGUUUUCUCUCUUUCCCAAAGGCUAUUCUGUCACAUAUUUUAAUAUUAGAUUAGUUGAGAGAAUAGAGCUCAGAUGUGACUUCAAAAGACAAAUGAUCAUUUGCCAAAAUAGCCCAUUCUGAUUUUCUUUUCACAUUUCCCGAGCCUGUGUCAUGAGAUUUUCUUGUUCUUUGAACAAUGACAAUUAUUAGUAUCUAUCAAUAAAAACACUGAGGGCGAGUACUGGAUACGCACUCCGAGAGUCAGAGACUGAAAUGGGGAAGGAAGUGAUUGCCUGAUCCCUGCAGAGAUGUGAGAUACAAUUAGGAUGGGGAGAGGGUGGGUGGGUGGCCAGGUCCUUGAAAGGGCACUCUUUGCUCUUGUGAGCCAGAGAGCUGAGGCUGAGAACUGUGAACUCACUGCACAUGUCCCAGAGAGAGAGGAAAUGUCCUACAAGUGCUGGGUGAAGUCAUCCUUGAACUCUAAAGGGCUACUAAUGAUGCCCCAAGAGGACUGAUGGGGAGAGGGGUCGCUGUUUCCCCAUUGCUGAGAGGAGGAGGGAAGGCAAAUGCCUCUCUCAUGGAUUGUGAGUGUUUUUAUACCAGCUUUAACUUGUUCCUCUUCCCCUGGGGCCGAUGUGUGGCUGGAGCACCAGUGUGCUGGGCUGGGGCUGAAAUGCACGGUGCCAAGCUGGGCGUUGGAUGGUGGUAGUGGUGGUGGGGAUUUAGCUUUUAUUUCUUGCUUUGAAAAGAAUAAAGUAGAAUUUAGUUUCUCAAA